UUUCUAGAAACCUGGUUUAUCGCUCACAGGAACCUUUUCUGACUUUAACCAAUAAUGAAUAUGAUGCGUGCCCGAAGAACCAACACACAGCCGCUAGAGGAUGUCUCCACGGCCCCUGCAACAUUUAACGACGGGCUUCCGCUCCCAAAGCUGAUUGCCUUCGAUCUGGAUUACACUCUGUGGCCAUUCUGGGUAGAUACUCAUGUCAGCGCCCCAAUCAAGCCGCGCGACAACAAUUCGCGGUGCACAGAUAGAUGGAAUGAGUCGUUCGCCUUCUACCCCGCAGUAUCUGCAAUCAUCUACGCAUGCAAGACUCACUCGAUUCCGCUCGCCCUGGCCUCCCGGACCCAUGCUCCUGAUCUUGCUCGGGAUAUGCUCAAGGCUCUUCACAUUAUUCCAACUUUCUCGGAUAACCCCGCAGCUAAGACGAAGUCGGUUCGUGCGCUAGAUUAUUUUACCUACAUUCAGAUCUUCCCAGCAAACAAGACACAACAUUUCUCGCGGAUUCAUCAGGCUAGUGCCAUCAAAUAUGAGGAUAUGCUCUUCUUCGAUGAUGAGGCGCGUAAUCGGAAUGUUGAGACGGAGCUCGGGGUUACAUUCUGCCUUGUUCGAGACGGGAUGACAAAGGAAGAAGUCGACCGGGGUGUCUGGGCAUGGCGCAAAAGGAACGGAAUUAAGCCUGCAAUGCCAAAAGAAGAUAACAGUGAAGAGUUGAACUAAAGGAUUUCCGUUCCAGAAUUUGGCUAUUGGCAUAGGUUGACUGUCCUGAGAAUGGGCGGCGUUGGGAUUGGCAUUGGUUUUCACGAUUAGAAUUCUUAUGGAGAGAUACCCAGAUGGGAUGAUGAAAUGAACCACACUGUAUAUAGAUAUAGACACUAGAAACUAGAAAUUUU